AUGACAUACGAAAGGAAAACGCUAAUGCGUUUAGAGGCUACUAGACAAGAUGCCUGUUCACCAUCAUGCGGCUCUCCGCUUUAUAACAGGACUUAUUCACACCAGGGAUUGAAAUCUCCCUUGGCUACUCCAUCGUUACAACAUCGUGUUGAAGCUCGGGGAUCACCGACGUCUCAUCAUUACAUGCCACCACCACCUAUCACAAGUAAAGCAGGGAGGGUAAACACGGUUGAUCUUGAUUUGGUUACACAAGGGUCUAGCCCGGUACCAAAUCUAAAUAAUGCUAUUCCCUGCUCACCUUCCCCACUCGCAGAAGCGCGUUAUCCGUGUUUAGGAGAGCCUUGGCGACCCGCUUCCGCUGUUGGCACCCGUCCUUAUGGAGAGCUUGACCCAAUCACAUCAUGUUCUUCUCCACAGCGUGCGGCCUCUGCAGUGAUAGCUCCUCCUCGAACAAAGGCCACAUACCACGACGGUUGUGGCAUCAUUGUAGAGGAGAGGGAUUCUUUGACGAGAGAAGUCAUUUCUAGAUAUCGCUGUGGUUCGCUACUUGGAACAGGUGGCUUUGCCCAAGUCUACGAGUUUAAAGAUUUGAAGACGAAUGUUCAAUACGCUGGGAAGAUAAUUGAUAAACGAAAUUUAACUCGUCGUGGAUCAGAGUCUAAGUUACUGAUGGAAAUUGACAUCCAUAGACGAGUGAAACAUCCGAAUAUUGUUCAGUUUGUAAAAGCUUUUCAAGAUGAAUCGUAUCAUUAUAUCAUCUUGGAGCAAUGUAGCAAAAAGAGUUUGAUGGAUUUGUCAAAGGAACGAGGCGUUUUUGCCACCGAGGAAAUACAGUACAUUAUGAUUCAGAUUGUGUCAGCCGUUGAAUAUAUGCACAGAAAUUUGAUUAUUCAUAGGGAUUUAAAGCUAGGGAACAUCAUGAUUGAUGCCUAUGGAAACAUGAAGAUUGGAGAUUUUGGAUUUGCCAGCGAGCUUGCUUCUGCGUCUGAGAAAAAAAAUACAACGUGUGGCACUCCAAACUACAUUGCACCUGAGGUGCUUGCGUGCGAUAAGACCGGGUUAGGGUAUGGUCUAGAAGCUGAUAUUUGGAGUUUAGGGGUUAUAUUGUACGCAUUGGCAUUUGGCACUCCUCCAUUUGAAACGAAGGAUAUCACUGCGACAUACAACAGAAUACGGCGUGUGUACUAUAUUUUUCCACGAGGUAUAGCCGUGCCAGAAUCUUGUAAAGAAUUAAUUCGUUGGAUGCUUCAAAAGCAACCACAACACCGACCCACUCCGGCUGAAAUCUUACGUCACAGUUUCCUCUGCAUACCCCAGCCGCCCCGCACAGCGCCAAGAUCGCUUGUUCCCCCUCAGGCACCUAGAUCUACAUCCCCCAAUGCGCGUGGGAGUCCUUUAUGGGCUUCACCCAUUGCCAUUAAUUCUCCAUUUAUAGACUGUGAUAGGUUUCCUGUUGACUACCAGAAAACUGCUUUGCGAAAGGAAGAGAAUAAAAAGGGAACGGAACAUGAAUUGCAAAUGACACUCCAUGAGUUUCUUAAGGAAAACGAUUGUAUCAGCGAGACAACAUCCGAGGUACGGCAUUUACGCUCAUGUGGUAAGCCAGUUUUACCAAAACCUCCUUUACCUUCAAUUGUGCUUAAGAGCAGUGUAUUCUGUAACAAGUAUGGUUACGGAUUUCUGUCUUACCAAUGUGGAAAGCAAUAUCCAGUUGUGUUUCUUAACGAUAAGACGAAACUAAUUUAUGAUAUUGAUUCAGAUACAGUUUUUUAUUAUGGAAGAGCUCGCAUGCAGGCGGUCACACCAGGAUCUGGGAAUCGAAGCCCACUUCUAAGUGAAGAACUUGCUGCAAAAGGAUUUCGUGAUGAAUUGGUUGUUUUUCCCGCUGCCUCAACAAGGUUGGCUCACCGCAAUGAAGGCGAGGAUGCUACUAGUCUCUUUGAAGCUAGUGCUGCGAAAAAAUUAGCCAUAACUAAGUUUUUUCUCCCCUUUCUUGAACGAGGCACAAGAGAUAAACGAAUGGUGGCGAUGACGUGUGCCUUGAGAGAGUGGUGUAGUUCAUGGGAGAAGGAUUUAUUUCUGGCGUGUGGAUCUGGGGACGAGCAAGUUGAUAUUGUCUACGUGAAAGAUGCUGUUUUGGAAAAUUUAUACGAAUUGACAGGAGAACAUCGGGACACGGAUGUUCAACUUCUUGUCGCUCGUAUGUCGGAUUACUCCUUUCAGGUUUCUGUGCGUUGCAAUGGGGCACCUCAGGCCUCUUUUCGCCCAAAGUACAACGUUCUUGAAGCAUCUGAAAAUAGUUUGCCCUGGUGUCUUGACGUUCUCGUUUAUGCGGGAUUUCGUGCGGUUAUGGCAAUGGAAACAGCACAGUCUUCUUUGGCUUUUUCCUUCUGGGACAUAAGACGUGACGCCAAGACAGUUAAAGAUGGAAGGGUUUAUUUUGCAGCUCGGAGCACGACUCAGUUGAAGUCGAUGAUGCUUCCAACGGCGUUGUUACGGACGAUAGCCAUCUUGCUCCGAAAAGUUCGCUGCUGCAACGAUAUUGUGGAUUGUUUUUGUUGA